AUGGAUACCAGCCCCCCGAUCCCAGAUCCCGGGGGUCCCCGAAGGGAUUUUACCACCUCGGCUUCUGAGCUGGGCCCUCCCUCCUUCGAAUGGCUGCUGGGGCGCCUGGGGGCCCGGGGACAACGUCGCCAGCGCCUUCUCCUGGCUCUCAGCUGCCUUCCCUGCCUCCUUCUGGGAUUGGCCUUGGGCUCGGAUGCCCUCUUUGCUCUCACCCCUGCGCAUCAGUGCCGGGACCCCAACGGCACCAAACUCCCCGAGAAUGCCACCUGUGACGGGCCCCACUGGCAGAGUGGGGGGUCCUCCAGACUCCCCGUCCUCACCAGCAACCCGGUGACCGAGUGGAACCUGGAUCGUUCUGGAAGUUGGGUCAUCCCUCUGGAGCAGAUCUGUUUCCUCCUGGGCUUCGCGGCAGGAGCCGUUUUCCUGGGUCACCUGGCCGACAGUGUAGGACGGCGGAGUACCUUCCUCCUGUCUCUGAUUCUCGGCUGUCCAGCAGGCAUCCUGGCAGCCUUCGCGGCUUCCCCCUCCAUCUUCAUACUGGGCCGGUGCCUCUGGGCUACCAUGUUGGGAGCUUUACAACUCGCCCUCUACAUCACCCGUUUGGAGUUGUGUCGUCCUUCACAACGGCUCCCGGUGGCCAUGGCGGGAGACCUCGUCCAGGUGGGAGGACAAUUCCUUCUGCUGGGACUGGCGUGGACCUGCGGCAGUUGGCGGGUGCUACAAGGCGUGAUCUCAGCCGGAAUGGGGGUCUGCCUACUCUAUGGUGCUUCGGGCCUCACUUGUGCGAGCAUCAUUGGUGCUUUGGGCCUCACUUUGAAGCUGGACAAUGCUUGUCACCUGCCUGCAGCUGCCCAGAUCUCACUCCGCACUCUCCUGACGUGCAGGAACAUCUGGAAAAACAUUCUCUAGGACCCAAAAUGGUGCACUCAACUUGAAGCAUUCAUAGCCCACGCGAUCUGCCACUGUUACCAGCAGGCCUGGGAGUCCAUGGAGGACCCGCGCGCCAAGUUCUACUUCCCCUUCCUGUUGUCAGCUGGCAGCGCCGGCCUCGGUUGCCUCUUUCUCUGCCUCACCGUCGGUCGGUAUGGACGGCGCGGGAUUCUGCUCCUCACCACGACCCUGACUGGCAUCGCCUCUCUGAUCCUGCUGGGGCUGGGAGAAUAUCUCAACAAUGCGGCCCGAAGAACGUUUUCCAUUCUUGGUCUCUUCACCUCCCACGCGGCCGGCUCGCUCAGCGUCUUCUUCGCUGCGGAAGUCAUCCCCACCGUGAUCAGAGGAAAAGGUCUUGGCAUUAUCCUGGCCUUGGCGUCCCUCGGAGGGCUGAGCGCCCCCUUGUUGCGGGUGCGAGAGCAGCACGGCUCCUUCCUCGAACACAUCGUCCUGGCCUCCCUCAACAUCCUGGCCCUGCUUUGCCUGCUGCUGCUGCCCGAGACCAAACGCAAACCCUUGCCCGAAGGCCUGCAGGACGGAGAACUUUAUCGGAGGCCUUCGCUGCUCCGGCGGGCUGGCGAGUCUGCGGGCCGGGACUCCGAGGGGGCGUCGCGGCGAGACGACGUGCCGUUGCUUUCCACCCCGAAUCCUGCCAGCUGA